UCUGUCUCCCCCCGGCCCGCUCCUCCCUCCCUCUUGUCUCCCCUCCUCUCCUGACGUCUUCCCUUCCCUCGCGGUGCAGUUUCUUCACUUUACAGUUUUACAAUCCCAUAAAGGCCACCUGAUUUGUCGUCCGACAAUGACUUUAGGAAGGGACAGUAAUGGUCGUGAUGUCGAUGCUUUUGCACUCGAGGGGCCCGACACAAAACGUGAAGAAGAAACGGACACGUCCACGGAGGGGGAGGAAAGGAACAAGCUGGCAUAUUGUGUGACGGAUGUACCUCCCUGGUACCUGUGCAUCAUCCUCGGCAUCCAGCACUGUUUGACGGCGUUUGGGGGAAUCAUCGCAAUCCCAUUAAUCCUGUCAGGGGGAUUGUGUCUGCAGUAUGAUGGCCUCACCCAGAGCCACCUCAUCAGCACCAUAUUCUUCGUCUCUGGUAUUUGCACUCUGUUGCAAGUUACCUUUGGCGUCAGACUUCCCAUCCUCCAAGGUGGCACAUUCACACUGCUGGUUCCUUCACUGGCGAUGCUGUCCACGCCAGAGUGGACAUGUCCCGCUUGGACCCAAAAUGCCAGCCUGGUCAACACUUCCUCCCCAGAAUUCAUAGAAGUGUGGCAGAGUCGAAUGAGAGCUCUGCAGGGGUCCAUCAUGGUGGGCUCACUCUUCCAGGUGUUUGUCGGUUUCUCCGGCCUGAUCGGCUUCUUCAUGCGCUUCAUUGGACCUCUCACCAUCGCUCCCACUAUCUCGCUCAUUGGACUGUCCCUGUUUGACUCCGCCGGAACCAAAGCUGGCCACCACUGGGGCAUCUCCGGCAUGACCACCGUCCUGAUCAUUCUGUUCUCACAGUACCUCCGUCACAUACCUGUGCCCUUCCCUACCUUCAGCAAGGAGAAAAGGCUGCACACCACCCGUGUCUACAUCUUUCAGAUUCUCCCCGUUCUUCUUGGAAUAACUCUUCCGUGGCUCAUUUGCUACAUUUUGACCAUUUGCGACGUAUUUCCUACUGAACCGAACCAGUAUGGCCACCUGGCCCGUACCGAUGUAAAGGGAGAUGUUGUGAGCCGAGCUCCCUGGAUCACCUUUCCGUACCCGGGUCAGUGGGGACUGCCGACUGUGAGCCUGGCAGGGGUGGUCGGCAUCUUGGCCGGCGUGAUUUCCUCCAUGAUAGAGUCCGUAGGAGACUACCAUGCUUGUGCCAGGCUAUCCGGGGCUCCACCUCCACCCAAACACGCUAUCAACAGGGGGAUCGGCAUCGAGGGACUGGGCUGUCUGCUGGCCGGAGCCUGGGGCACAGGGAACGGUACGACCUCUUACAGCGAGAACGUCGGCGCCCUCGGUAUUACAAAGGUUGGCAGCCGCAUGGUGAUUAUAGCCGGCGCAGUCUUGCUCGUCGCUAUAGGUGUGUUUGGUAAAGUGGCCGCCAUAUUCACCACCAUCCCAUCACCUGUGAUCGGAGGGAUGUUCCUGGUCAUGUUUGGCGUCAUCGCUGCAGCAGGAGUUUCUAACCUGCAGUAUGUCGAUAUGAAUUCCUCUCGAAACAUCUUCAUUUUUGGCUUCUCCAUGUUCUGUGGUCUGGUCAUUCCCAACUGGAUGUUUAAAAAUACCACAGCUAUUGCUACAGGUGUGAUUGCACUGGACCAGGUGCUGACGGUGCUUUUGACAACCAGUAUGUUUGUGGGAGGUUUCUUAGGCUUCAUAUUAGACAACACUAUUCCAGGCUCAAAGCUGGAACGAGGGAUCGUGGCGUGGAACAAAGCUCACAAGGAAGACUCCAGCAACACGCUGGAGAGCGGAGACGUCUACGACCUUCCCUUUGGUAUCACCUCUUACUUGUCUUCGUCCUCCUGGCUGCGGUACGUACCGUUCUGCCCUCCCGGUGAGCCCGACUCCUUGGACGGAGCAGACACCGAUGCCCUGGAGUCCAAGCAGCGGCGUGGACACCAACGGCCUUCACAGGUGCUUGUUGCAGUUGCUUAGUGAGCUGUGUACCCUCGCAGCAUGCUCUUCAGCACCUUCAGAAUUGACCCAAAAUGCAUCAGAGGCAGCUCUGUUUGCAUUCCCCUUGUUAAAGACACGUGUUUCUACGGUAAAAACUAUUUUUGGAGAGAAGUUGACAUAAACCUGAAUAAGAUAUGGUUUUCUUUUGGGAGUUACGUAAGUAGCCUACCGGAUUAUUGUGAAUUAUUAUAAAUGAUAUACUAUAUAACCAUACAAACAUUUGUAUUAAAGAGCAUACCACUCAAGUGAAGCUAAGGAAUUAUUCAGCUCCCUUGAUGUUGGAUGUAUUUGGUCUUCUCGGUAUAUUUAGAAGGUGAUCACCACCCCAUUCAAGGUACCACCAUGUUUCAUUUUUUUUUUAUUGCAACGAGCAUUUAAACAGCAUACAAACUACAAACAGCUAUUGUUUACGCGGUGCCUCAUAUUUUAAUUAACCUUGCUUGGACGGUACAUAUUUUAAUAAUAACGUGUUUACUAAUUCACUUUACUUAUUUGUUAACACUUCUAUCUAUCACAUUUUCUCUCGAUGCACAAACCGAUCUCUAUGGAUCUCCUCCAUGUGAGUAAAUCCACCAGGAGGGCAGCAACAUCUGUGUCCACUCAGCUAUUCCCCCGUCAGAUCCAGCUCGAUGGCUUUGUACAAACUAACGAAGGAUUCGGCCCACAUGCGUCGCUGGUUUUCGUUAGAGGAAUUGACCGUCGCUUGGGAGGCGUAGACCAAGGUCAACAAGGUGCGCUCGAAAUCUUCCUGACGCAGGUGACCGGCGUGACGGGAAAGGCCAGCGAUGAGCCUAAGAACGUCCGAUAGCUUCCUGGGGACGAUCUCCUGGCAGAUGACUUCCAGGCUCCUGGUCUUGCGUAGGGAAGCCAGCUCAGCGUCUCGCACAGAGAACUCUCCGCUCGCCUCGAAGGUAACGCCAGUCAGCAGGAUCUAGUAGGUGAAAAGAAGUGAACAGCUCAUUGAGGUUGUACUGGGCCGUAGUUUCACUUCAGCCACUCCAUUCAUGGAGUCAAGUGUCUCACCUCAAAUAAUAGAUGAACGUCUUUCAGGGAGCUGUGGAAAGUGGGAAUCACCACACUUGUCAACCCUCUUUUCAUUUUGCUCGCAGCUGGAAAUAGAGCUAAAGAGAGAUAAGAGAGAGUGUGAAUGAGGUACAAUAGAUGCUAAGGAGAAGUUUCCCUUGCAAAACCGUCCGCGUUUGUGCCUCGUUGUCGUCUGCUAUGGACACAAAGGGCUUCUAAGACCAGACAUGGGCAAAGUACGACAGUCCGUUAAAAUAAUAAACUCAUUGCAGGGUUCUGGAGACGCGCGCAUUCCCACCAGUUCACGCGCCGCGUCCCGAGAUGACGGCGUUGAACCGCCCUCGGCCACCGUGCGUCCGUUACUAGGCAACGUGGACGCGUGAACACGCGUGACAGGUGGGGGCUUUUGAGAGAACUGGCGGCACCGAGCAGGUGUAAAAACCGCUCAUGAAACCCAAAAAAUGAACAAGAGAAAGAACAGAAUUCAAUGAAAAGUGGAGGUUCGGUUGAGAAUAUGCUGGUUUAUGACCCAAGAAAACGUCUUGCACUAAAAUGUAUUUAAAACGUAUUUAAGGGGGUCUCUUUUAUGGUCGGGACAAGCAGUUGCAUUUGUUUUCAUACAAAAGGAGCUUUACACACUUAUAAGAGCUGAAGAUUUGGUGACUGUACAUAUACAUUUUAUGCGGCCCUGAUUUGGAUGUUGACAAUGGUCAUUUACAUUUGAAAGGAUUGAUAGUUCGUCAUGUAAAUUGUAACAAACAAACUUCAAUUAAUGUAAAUAAGAAGUUGAAGUGAGGUAAUUGGUUUCAUGAUGUUUGCUCAGUCACGUUUCUGUGUUCAUGUUCGUGAAAUUUGUCGAAUUGCCUUGCAAAUAAAAGCUUUGCUACUUGUUAAAAUCCAAA